GGAAACAUUCAAGGUCAGGUUUGACGGCAGUCUGAGCAAGGUGUCCUAGUAGUAAAUGUUACGUGGAAGAACAAGACUUAUGUGGGAAUGCUGCUGGAUUGCACAAAGCAUGAUUGGGCCCCUCCGAGGUUUUGUGAAUCACCAACACGUCACCCGGAAAUGCAAGGAGGCCGGGGCAGAGGAAAGCGGGCAAGGUCCACUGCAGCUGUACCUGGAAAUGAUGCGAAUUUUACAGAGUCUAGAGGACUUCAGAAUAAGAAUCAAGGUGGUGCCAAUAGGAAGGGAAGGAGGGGCAGCCUUAAUGCAAGUGGGUGCAGGACAACACCAAACUGUGCUGUGGAUGAUGUCAAAGCCAACCCCUCAUCCACAAACAAGAGGAAAAAUAAGCCUCCAGUGGAGCUAGAAUUGAACUCCAGUUCAGAGGACAAUAAAUCUGGAAAAUGUGCUCGUACUAACUCUAGAAGCUCUCCCAUCACUCCACAGGGAAAACUUGAGGCUACUUUUUUGGACCAAGGUUGCCCUUCUUCAGUCCUGAUUGAUUGUCCUCACCUCAACUACAACAAAAUGUACAAGCACGUUAAUGGACUCCGAUACCACCAGGCUCAUGCACAUUUAGAUCCAGAAAACAAACUGGAGUUUGACCCUGACAGUGAAGACAAAAUUUCAGACUGCGAGGAAGCACUGAGUAAUGUGGCACUUCAAUGCAGUGAGCCAAACACAAAUUUGUCAAGCUUUGAUACAUUAAAAACACCGACGUCUCCUUCCUCCAUCACUACCCCAGGGACACCCAAAGGAAAAAGGGAGCUGACCGGCAAUGGCCCCAGUUCAGUUAUCAGUUCCAAAAAUGGCAAGAAUUCUGGCAAAAAGAAGGGUCUGAACAGCGAAUUGACAAGCCUUCUGGUAAUUUCUGAUAUGGCAUCCACACUGGGCAAUUGUUUGGUAGCAGAUGGCACUUUGCAAACUGAAAUGCCCAAAUUGGAGGCUGAAGGGUUGAUAGACAAGAAAAUUUUGGGUGAUAAAGACAAAGGCAAAAAAGCUAAUCAUUGCAAAGUGGAUAAAUACCUUUCUAAACUGAAAAUGGACAGGCCCAUUGCCCCAGCGCUAGCACUGACUCCUCCCCAAUUAAUAGCUAUACCUACUGCAGCCUUUACAACCAUCACUACAGGGACAAUACUGGGAAUUCCUUCUCUAACAACUACUGUUGUCCAGGUUACACCAAAGAGCCCUCUGCUAAAACCUAUUCAACCAAAGCCCUCAGUUAUGGAAUGGCCAAGCACUGUAAACGCAUCUGUCACAUCACUCAAAGACAGAAGGAAAAAGGAGAAGAGAAAGCUAAAACACAAAGAAAGCAAAGACACUGAAAGCCCUAAGAUGGAUUCUGAUCUGGGAAAGUUGGAGGAUUCAAAAGGGUCUGGGAAAGAUUUAUCUGGACAUUUUUUAAAGGACCAUCUCAAUAAAAAUGAAGUGUUAACUAAUGGACUGUCAGAGUCUCAAGAGAGCAGGAUGGCAAGCUUCAGAGCUGAAGCUGAUAAGGUUUACACGUUCACAGACAAUGCACCCAGCCCUUCUAUAGGAAGUGCCUCCAGGAUGGAAUGCAGCACUUCAGUGAAUGGACAGUCUUCAAUUGUGUCCCUGCAUGUGUUGACACAAAGUGGUGGAGAUACUGCAGCUACUAAAACCAACAACCCUGCUUACUCGGAUAUUUCUGAUGCGGCUGAUGACGGUGGCUCGGACAGCAGGUCAGAGGGCAUGAAUUCAAAGGCCAGCUCUCCUUCGGAUAUUAUAUCUAAUAAGGACAGUGUUGUAAAAGAAUAUUCUUCAGCCACAACAGUAUCGGCUCAAGAAAAAGAGUCCCAUUCUCCCUAUUACCAUGGCUACAGACCUUAUUAUUCUCCAAGUUACAUGCACUCUGGACAGGACUGUGCCCCACAGGGACUGAAGACCAAAAAAGAAUCUGAGGAAGAGGCUGAAAAAAAGAAGACAGAACUGUCAGAUUCCAAGAAAAGUGAAACCAGUUCCACUAAUUUGCAGCCACAACAUCAGUCAGUAAUAACGCAAAGACACCCUGCACUUGCCCAAUCACUUUUUUAUGGACAGUAUGCUUAUGGACUCUAUAUGGACCAAAAGUCCUUAAUGGCCUCUAACCCUGCUUACAGACAGCAGCAUGAAAAAUACUAUGAGGACCAGAGACUAGCAGAACAGAAAAUGGCACAAACUAGGAGAGACUGUGAAGGGAAAAAUGAACCCCCCUUGAAGGAAAUUGGCAACGGUGAUAAUAAGCAGAAAAACAACCCAUCUGCUACUAUUUCAAAGGCCACUUCAACUCCAGAGUCAAGUAAAAAUAACACUUUUUAUCAUCAAUCAUCAAUCAUCAAUCGCUAUCACCAAUCAUCAAUCACUAACAAAGGCGAGGAGAUGAGCAAUUCACAGAUAUUUUCCAAUCACCAGCAGCAGCUUCAGUCUGACAGUAUCAAAGCCAAACAAAUGGAAAACCACAAGCUCAUAAAGGAGGCUGUGGAGAUGAAAUCUGUUAUGGACUCCAUGAAGAAAACAGGAGUAGAUCUGACCACAAGAUUUAAACAG